AUGUGGACAGCAUACGCACAACAUCUUGCAUCGAAGCCAGAUGCGGCCCUUCAAGCAGCCCACGGCAUAUUUCACAGCGCAGUCAAGUCCGCUUUCACAAUGGAGGAUAAGAAGAAGUAUAAUCUAUGGAAGUUCACUGAGCUCCGAGAUGAUUCCAAAGCCGCAAUGCAAGGGGCGGUGAAAACGUCGUCUAGCAUGGCGACCAGCUCUGUCGUACCGACCAAAAACGGCCUUGCUCAAUCGAUCGGGCCGGCGAAAGUUUCCACCUCACCUACAUGCGAACAUGAACGGAGGCCUGGAUUGAGUAGUAACGUGAGUAUGGCGACCGAAGACGGAUUCUCGGAUUGUACAGACUCGAUGGCCACAUUUUGCGCUUCCUACCUUGAACUAGGAUCUGGAAAGAGCAACGCCUUUGGCAGCGCUGUACCCGGCAAGAACACGAAGAACAAUCUUGUUGAUGUUCUCCGCUGGAAUCUGUGA